GUAACCUGAUUGGAAGCCCCUUAUAAGGGGCUCCCUGGCCCUUGUGCGCCCACCAUCCGCGUCCUAAGCGAGGCGGGAGCGCCCGCCGGGGAAGCCUGGGAGGCCCGGGAGGGAUUGAGCGGGAAAUUCGAGUUUGAGCGGGAAACUGUGGGCAGCAGCGAAGGAAGUAAAGCAGCCCUUCUCAAAAUGCCAGCCUCCAGAGGAUGUGUUUCAUUAACAGCCACGUCACAGUUAUUUGCUUAAUAUUAUCAGACCCGGAAAGUGAAGAUUCUCCUUACAUGUGUUACCCAGAAUGCUGGAAAUAACUCUACUUCAGAAGCGAACAGCAGUGAAUUAUCAACUUCCACAGAUGAACGUGAUCCUGAUUACUCCUUAGGAAAUGGCCGAACAACAAAUGCAGUAAAGAGAAAGAGAAAAAGAAAGCAUCGAAUGCAAUAUACUGAAAGAUGGAAGGGUAGAAGAAUUCGAAAAGUAAAACGAAGGCAGAUUGAAAUUCAAGAGGAGGAUUUGCUGGGCUCCACCCUUCCUGUGCACUGUGGACAAGUUAAAGGUGUUUUGUAUAAGGAGAAAUUGGCAGCAGGAAUUUCGCAGAAGUCCAUCAAGGGUUCUGAUGGAAAGUGGUUCACGCCACCAGAAUUUGAGGCUGAAGGAGAACGUGAAAGCUGGAAAUCCUGGAAAAGAAGUAUCCGCCAUAAAGGGCUUCCUUUAGAAAAAUUAAUAGAGAGUGGAUAUCUUCCUAAUCCAAAACGAAUAUACGGCAGGAGGAAAAAGGUAAAGAAUCCAUCGGUAUCAUUUUGCGAAUCAGCUCAGUUCCAGUCAUCAGCUGUGGUCUGUCAUGAUGACCCAGAAGAGGCCACACCAGGGUCAUCAGAAGAGGCCAUGCCCGAGCCAUCAGAAGAGGCCACGCCAGGGUCAUCAGAAGAGACUACUCCAGUGGCACCUCAGUCACCAGGCAGGACCCCACACAAGCUCCUUCGAGUGGAGUUGAGGCGUCUCUCACCAUCUGCACUCACCAGGGCAAGGUGCAACCCACUGGAUUCACCACAGGCAAGCCCACCAGAUUCACCACAGGUGAGUCCACCGGAUUCACCACAGGUGAGUCCACCGGAUUCACCACAGGUGAGUCCACCGGAUUCACCACAGGCAAGCCCACCAGAUUCACCACAGGUGAGUCCACCGGAUUCACCACAGGUGAGUCCACCGGAUUCACCACAGGCGAGCCCACCGGAUUCACCACAGGCGAGCCCACUGGAUUCACCACAGGCAAGCCCACCAGAUUCACCACAGGCGAGCCUACCGGAUUCACCACAGGCGAACCCACCACCUGUGCUGAGGACACCACAUCGGAGAUGCCAUUGGCGCCGGAGCAUGAAGCCCCACACCAUGUCAUCCAGCCUAGGACUUGCCAUCCUGCGUUCUGUGUACAAAAUGAAACGACUAUUCCAAAACACCUUUGGGAAUCGCAAAGCCUUGCAGGUGAAGCUCCAAGAUAUCAAUGGCCACCUAAUUGGCUUGCGGCAUCAACAUGCAGACCUAAAGAAAGCCCUGGACCGAUGCAGUCGGCUUGAUGCAGCCCUGGAUGUUUUGACAUUGCAGAAGCAAAUGAACAGCAUCAUUGAGCACCAGAUGCGACUGGAAACAUUAGUGCAGGAGAUCCUGACAACACUGGGUGUGGAAAGGUCCUAGCCGUAAGAGAUGGUUCCCACCCACCCCUCCCCUGUAGAAAAGGAAAAUUGUGAAAUACUAAGUCUCGCUUGUCAUUUUGUUGCCAAUUCCCUACUUGGAGCUCUUUUCAAUCUUCAUAAGAUGUGAUUUUGUUUCCUUCCUCCUCAUCUCUAGUUCUGUCCUAGUUAUUAUCAAACUGUAUUCCCAUAAACUGAAGAGAUGUUCCAUGCAGCGUUUUACCAUUCACUGAUUUAUUGGUCCAGGUUAGUAAACCAGUUCUAAAAGA